UCUGCCGCAAGAAUCUGGAGCUCUCUAGCUAUACAAGGGAGUACGUGGCCACAAGCUAAGAAAGGAUGUGCUUCGUUCUCUUCUGCCCAGCUGUAACUUGCUUAUUGGAGAGGAUUCAGAUAGCUUGACGGUUUGGAUCAUGGAACCCGCUGCAGCAUGGGGACCUUAUUGCCAUCAGUUUCAGCUGUCGAACUGGACUGUAGAAGAACCAGCUGCCGGCCUCCCGGUGGAGUAUGCGUCCAUCGACAUACCUGGUACCUGUGGCCUCCAAGCAUAUGUGCCUGAAUCUAGCGGAGGGCAGCAACUGGUUGAGUACAAUUACUAUCAUGCCGCCUCCAACUCCAAGCAUAUGUCUCAGCAGGUUGGUGAUGUUGAUGGGGAAGCGAAGAUCUCGAACGACAGUCAUGCUAGGAGUGUGGUCAGGCAAGUACUGGGCGAAUUUAAGGAUGAUAUCGGCAUGACGAUGGCAAAGAUGCAUAGAUACCCAGCAUGCCUUGGAGCUGUAGACAAAUGCUAUACCAGUCCGAGGAUUGUGGCCAUCGGACCCUACUACCACCAUCGCCUUGACCACCUCAAGCAGGCGGAGAAGGUGAAGCACGCGGCUGCCUGCCACUGCGUCAAGAGAUCGGGCCGCUUACUGGAGGAGCUGUAUGAAGCGGUUGUCCCCAUCGCGGACGCUGCCCGCCGCCUCUACGACAAGGAUGUAAUGGCAGGUAUCAGCUAUGACAACUUCCGGCAUAUGAUGUUCUUUGAUGCUUGCUUCUUGGUGCAGUACAUGCUUAUGCGGGGCCGCACUGAAGUAAUAGAUGAGAGCUUGAGCAGUUUCAUGAGCCCUAACCGCAUUGACAUCUUUCAUGACAUUAUGCUGCUUGAGAACCAACUCCCAUGGGAGGUGGUUGAAAUCGUCAUGAGCUUCAUGCCCGUGCCCAUGUCAUUGAUAUCCAAGAAGUUUGUUGCUAGAAUGAGACACUGUAUGCUGCCGGACGACCGUCAUGAGCCUCUACAACAAAAGCCUUUUAUCUGGUAUGAAGGCUACAAACCGCCGCAUCUCCUUGGCCUCCUCCGGCACUACAUUGUAGGGAAAAGCGACGUUGACUACCCCGCGUCGAUGCCCAAGAACAUAGCGUUUUCUGUCAGUGCCAUGGAGCUUGCGGAGAUCGGCAUCACGCUCACAGCAAACAAGACGACGGAGCUCGUUGACAUGCGGCUCAUCAAUAAGGUAGGGACCCUCUUCGCCGAGCUCUCCCUGCCGCCGCUGUCCCUGGACCGUGACUGUGCAAGCUACCUCGUCAACAUGGUGGCUCUCGAGCUAUGCACGGUCAAAAGUUUUUCAGAAGUCAAGGCAAGUUACUCUGCCGUCUGCUCCUACAUUCUGCUCCUGGCCAUGCUGGUAUACAGGGAGGAGGACGUCCACGAGCUACGUGCGAGGGGUAUCCUGCAAGGAGGGGGAGGGCUCACCAACAAGGAGGCGCUCCGCUUCUUCACGAGCUUCCAGGGUCUGCGCUUUGGGCCAUACUACUACCAUAUCAUGCUACAGAUCGAGAGUUACAGGGACAGGAGCCGGAUGAAGACCAAGUUGCUGACGUUAAUUCACAACCACAAGAAAACCAUCGCCACGGUUGUCACCGGCAUUGGUGCUGUUGGUGGGAUCAUAGCGACUCUCCUGUCUAUCAAAAAGAGCCUCUAAUUGUUAAUUUCCUCGGUAGCUAUAUAAGAUGUCAUGUAUGUUAAUUUUCAGUAAAAUUCUGGCUCCAUAUUAAUAUUUUGAUUCUUGA